UCAAAAUCAAUUAUCCGAACUAGAGGAUAAAUAUAAAUAAGUUUCUUAAAAAUGGGAGAGAACGUUGACUUAUCGUCCAUUUGUGACUUGGAGGAAAAACUGAUUUCUGCUCGACAUUCGUUAACUACUCUAAAUGAUAAUAUUCGCCGAUUUGUUGGCCGUGGGCUUAAGGACUCCAGAACGGAGAAGUAUAAUACAGAAAUCGGAAGUAAAAGAAUGGAGCAAAAUCCAGACCGAAACAUUCAACGACAUGAUGGCUUAAAACAUAAAAGGCGUAUUCACGAAUCCAAAAUGGUAAUUAAUCGACUGUCUAAAGGAGAAGAGGAUGCGAUAUGGCUGCCCACCCCUAAAAUAAAUUCCCGUGUAAUUCGUGAGUUGCCAUCGAGAGAAGAAAUUGUGGAAGCACAAGGAAUGGAUUCCGAAUCGAGAGCUCGAAAUCGUCGAAUGUUUGGCUCGCUUUUGGGAACACUACAAAAGUUUUGCCAAGAGGAGUCUCGCUUAAAGAAAAAUGAGGACAAGAAGGCGCAAAUCGAAAAAAAGUUAGAGAAGCAAGAACUACAAGAAAGAGAGUUGCUUCAGAAGGAACGUGAUGCAUUGUUUUUGGAUAGAAAGCGCAAGCAGCUCGAAAUCAGAGGUCUGGAAAAGAAAAUGGCACGGGUAAAGGAUUUCAAAACUUGGGAGCACUCAAUCAAAUAUCAGAAAAAUCAACUCCGAACAAAGACGAAGCCUCAUAUAUUCUUUCGGCCAAAGGUGCACACGGCCCACACGCAAAAGCUUAUUUUAAAACACAAAAGCGAAUUGGACUGUCUAAUAAAACAACGCCAGGAAGACUUACAAGCUGAACUCAGGGAAAUCGAAUUCACGAACAACUUGGAUGAAGACUGUACAUUAGAGGACAGCAACAUGUUCGAUACAAGCACAGAUAAUAAAGAGCUUCAUGUAGAAACUCUCUUGCCUGAAAUAUGUGAGAAGAUUGCAAAAGAGAAUUAUCGAAAGAUAUUAAGGCAUCAAGAAGCAUAAAAUUGUUUUACUUUAAUUUCAAUACUUAAAAUUUCAAUCAAGAAAUCAAAAAGAUUUUCAGCAAAUGCAUCCAAAUUUCUUGACAUAAUUUUC